AUGAUGUUCACCAAGACUUUCGGCCUUGCCGCUGCCUUUGCCACUCUGGCUACUGCUCUGCCCUCGGGCAUGAUGGUCCGUCGUAACGACGCCGGCCCCGCCAGUGGCUCCGUCCUGAUCACCAACAACCUGAACAUAGACGUCUACGCCUGGUCUGUAACCGACGUGGUUGGCCCCAUGCAGACCCUGACUGCCAACGGUGGUUCCUACUCCGAGGCCUGGCAGACCAACCCCAACGGUGGCGGUGUUUCCAUCAAGCUGGCCACCGACCCCAGCCAGUCCGAUGUGCUCCAGUUCGAGUACACCCAGGCCGCCGACACCAUCUUCUGGGAUCUGUCCUGCAUCAACAUGGAGACCAGCUCCGAGUUCACCACUUACGGUUUCUCCGUCCUGCCUUCCGAGGGCCAGUCCUCUUCGUGCCCCUCUGCUGUCUGCGCUGCUGGUGACAGUGCUUGCGCUGCCGCCUACCUGUACCCGAGUGACGACCAGGCCACUCACGGCUGCCCCAUCGACACCGGUCUGGCUCUUAACCUUGGCCAGGCCUAA